AUGUGGCCGACAGCUGCGGCGGACACAGGUCCGAGGACGGACCUGUUCCCUCUGGAUAUGUCGGGCGAAUACCAGAAGUACCCAAUGGUCACCGCGGAUCAGCUCAGGGGGAGAAAGGAGAGGCCGCGGAGAGUCAAGAUGCUCAUGCGAGACUUUAUAGAAGACUCUCUAUACAAUCCCUCGUACGGGUAUUUCUCGAAACAAGUUGUGAUCUUCACGCCUGGAGAGCCGUUCAACUUCAGCCAGCUCGAAGACGAGCCAGAAUUCCACCAGCUGCUAGGCCAGCGGUAUACGGAAUUUGAAGAUAAAUUGGAUCUCACGGAGCCCAAUGAGACGAGACAGCUAUGGCACACCCCUACCGAGCUCUUUCGCCCCUACUACGGAGAAGCUAUAGCUCGAUACCUGGUAUCUAACUACAUGGUCUCACAACGUCCAUACCACGCACAAUAUCCAUACGACGACCUAGUAAUCUACGAAAUGGGAGCCGGUAACGGGACUCUAAUGCUCAAUAUCUUGGACUAUAUCCGUGAGGUAGAGCCACAAGUCUACCACCGUACUAAAUUCAAGAUCAUUGAAAUCUCAACCAACCUUGCGAAGCUGCAACAGAACCAAUUGCUGAGGACGGCGGAUUCGAGGGGGCACGCGAGCAAGGUGGAAAUCAUCAACAAGUCGAUUUUCGAAUGGGACCAGGUCGUUCCGGCUCCAUGCUAUUUUCUAGCCAUGGAAGUCUUUGACAACUUCGCUCAUGACUCCAUUCGAUAUGAUCCGUGGACGGCAGAGCCCCUACAAGGCACAGUACUGAUAGACUCGAAAGGCGAUUUUUUCGAGUUCUUCGUACCUACCAUCGAUCCUGUUGCUGCCAGAUUUCUACGUGUGCGGCAGGCUGCAACAGGAGGAUGUUAUUCCCUGCCAUUAUACCGUAGCAAGACUCUGCGGCAACUGAGGAAUCUGAUGCCGUUCACACCCAAUCUGAGUGAUCCGGAGUACAUACCUACGAGACUGAUGCAGUUCUUUGAUAUCCUGGCGAUGUAUUUCCCACGCCAUCGGUUAGUGACGAGUGACUUUCAUGACCUGCCGGAUACGAUCAAGGGGAUCAAUGCGCCGGUUGUACAGACAAGGUAUAAGAGGAGAACGGUCCCUGUGACAACGCCUUUAGUACAUCAAGGUUAUUUCGACAUUCUGUUCCCUACGGAUUUUAACGUGAUGGAACUCAUGUAUAGAGCUAUCACGGGCAAACUCACGGAAGUUUCUUCGCAUGAAGAGUUCUUGAGAGCAUUGGCAAAUGUCGAGGAGACGGAAACGAAGAAUGGGGAGAAUCCGUUGUUAACGUGGUACAAGAAUGCCAGUGUGCUUACCACUUUAUAG